AUGGCACCCCCAACAUUCGCUCCUUUCAACCCAGCCUCAGAAACCUGGAACUCAUACGAGGCUAGAUUUGAGUGCUUCCUGGAAGCGAACGACUAUACUGGGCUGUCCAGCAGCCGGAAAAGGGCGCACUUUUUAAAUGCCUGCGGCCCCGAAAUGUUUGCUGUUGCGCUAGCCCUGCUUGCCCCAGUUCCUGUCCAGACAGUGUCGUGGGAAGUCCUGAGGGACAAACUCAAGAGCCACUACGAACCCACGCCAUCGCGGAUAGCUCGAAGGUUCGCUUUCAGACAGAUCCUUCAAGCUGAGGGGGAAUCCAUCAACCACUACAUGGCCUCCCUCAGGACUGCUGCCUUGAACUGCGAAUUUGCCCAGCUAGAGGACUCCCUCCUGGAGCAGUUCGUGUGUGGCGUAAAAGACUUAAGAAUACAACGCCACUUGUUAGAGAAGAAAGAAAUUACCCUUGCAACUGCCAUAGAGGAGGCUCAGGCAUGCGAACUAUCUAGCAGAUCUACAUUAGAAAUUCGUAAAUCGCAAUCCGCCGCUCCUGCCACCAAGCCCAACACCGUCCAUUCGGAAGAGGCAGGCUCUGAGGUGAUCGAGGAGGAGGAGGAUGAGGUUAGCCGCCUCAAAACCUCCAAGGGUAAAAGAAUUACCUCAGACAAGGACUUCGCAGGGUCUCCCUGUCAAGGCUGCGGUGAAAUGCAUCCCAGAGCAACUUGUCGUUUUAGAACCACCAUCUGCCGCAGAUGUGGAAAAAAGGGGCACCUGGCAAGAGUCUGCCGGGCUAAUCUGCAAGGCACACAGCCGAACGCCUCCAGACGACUGUUUCAAAAAACACCCAAGCCAAGCGGUGACUGUUUUGCCGUUUCCAAGAGUAACAACGCUCCUGCAGUGUCUGCCCGCCAAACCAGAGUUAGUUCCAACAAGAAAAUCUACAUGACAAUUACCAUAGAAGGAAACCCCUGCCAAAUGGAGGUCGACACGGGGUCUUCCAAGUCCCUAAUCUCUUGGCACACUCUAAAGCAAGUGGCACCAAAUAUUCAAAAACGCGCCCUUCAACCAUGCCAAGUACGCCUCCGGGACUAUCAGGGGAAUGACAUUCCUGUCAUGGGUGGCGCCAAGCUCCUAGUGGAGCACAAGACCUUCACUGGCAAGCUUCCUUUGAUCAUCGUACGAGACCCGCUGCCCAGCCUGCUAGGGCUCGAUUGGUUUGGCGCCUUGGGACUUGGCAUAACUGGCAUCCAUUCAGUACGCCCUGAUAACUUUGAGGAUCUCAUGGCUGAAUUCGCAGACGUUUUCAACGACAACUUAGGUAAAUAUAAGGGAUCUCCCAUCUCCCUCAAUUUAGACCCAAAAGUAGCCCCCGUUAGAUUAAAGCCCAGGAGGGUGCCAUUUGCACUCAAACCUCUGGUGGAUAAAGAGCUAGAUAAACUUAUUGCACAGGGCAUUCUUGAACCCACCGACCACGCCCCCUGGGAGACCCCCAUAGUCCUACCCAUCAAGCCUGAUGGGUCUAUCCGCAUCUGCGCGGACUAUAAAAAUACAGUAAAUAAGGCCCUCCAAGCCCACCCUUAUCCUGUACCCGUAGUGCAACACUUGUUGCACUCAUUGGGCAAAGGCUCCAUUUUUGCCAAACUGGACAUGGCGCAAGCCUAUCAGCAACUCCCCGUUGAUUCUGCCACAGCUGCAGCCCAGACCAUAGUUACACACCGGGGGGCAUUCAAAUGCCACCGCCUCCAGUUUGGCAUUAGUGUGGCUCCAGGCAUAUUCCAGAGCCUUAUGGAGCGACUCCUGCAAGGGCUGCCAGGAGUCGUUCCAUAUUUUGAUGACAUCAUCAUCUCUGCCUCCAGCCAGUCAGAACUUAAAGUCAAGCUGAGGACAGUCCUGUGCCGUUUCCAAACGGCUGGCCUUAAACUCAAGAAGGCUAAAUGUAGACUCGGGGUGCCCCAAGUUGAAUUCUUAGGAUAUUUGAUUGAUGCCUCUGGCAUACAUCCCACCCCUUCAAAGAUAGCUGCCAUUAAGCGGGCCCCCACCCCUGGCAACAAAACCGACCUACAAGCCUUCCUCGGGCUUUUGAAUUUUUACAGCACCUUUUUGCCACACAAGGCCACUGUUGCCGAACCCCUGCACCGCCUGUUAGAUAAGAAAUCCCCCUGGCGCUGGGGCCCCCGGGAGGCAUCCUCCUUUGAGGCUGUCAAAUCCCUCCUGUCAUCUGAUGCCGUUUUGGUACAAUACUCUGAAAGCCUUCCCUUAGUUCUUGCUGCCGACGCCUCCCCCUUCGGGAUCGGGGCCGUUUUAAGCCACGCCCUCCCUAAUGGCACUGAGGCCCCCAUUGCCUUUUAUUCCAGGACGCUCUCCUCCACGGAGCGCAAUUAUGGCCAGAUUGACAAGGAGGCGCUGGCUGCUGUGGCAGCCGUCAAGCGUUUCCAUGAUUACCUUUAUGGCCGGCCCUUCACCUUAGUCACAGAUCACAAACCCCUCUUAGGCAUCCUGGCUGGCAACAUCGCGACGCCCCAGGUCCUCUCCCCUCGCAUGUCACGCUGGGUUGAAUUCCUAGCCGCUUACUCGUAUUCUCUCGUCUAUUGCCUGGGCAAACUUCUGACACAUGCAGAUGCCCUCAGCCGCUGCCCCUUGCCCAUCUCUAUCUAUGAUCCCUCUCCGACUUCUCAGGUCCUCCUCAUUGAGUCCCUGCACCUGCCACUCUCUGCUUCCGAUAUUGCGACCCACUCUGCUAAAGACCCCAUCCUCCGCAGAGUUUUAGACUGGGUGCGCAGGGGAUGGCCUCCGGGAAGUGUAGGUCCUGAGUUCAAGCCAUACCACGUCAGACAGCAUGAGUUGUCUGUACAGCGAGGGUGUUUGCUGUGGGGAAAUAGAGUAGUAGUACCCGCCAAACUCCAGCAGCGAGUUUUGGAAUCUCUGCAUGAGGGACACCCGGGAAUAGCUAGGAUGAAAUCUCUAGGGCGCAGUUACGUCUGGUGGCCAAAUUUUGAUCAAGCGGCCACUCUGUGGGUCGCAGGGUGCCAGCCUUGCCAACUGUCCCGACCAUCAGCCCCCGCCACUCCAGUCAAAGAGUGGGAGAUGCCAAAGUCGCCUUGGUCACGAAUCCAUGUGGACUUUGCCAGACCCUUCCAUGGGCAAACCUUCCUAGUGGUGGUCGAUGCCUACUCAAAGUGGGUGGAGAUAGUCGCCAUGGCAUCAACCACCUCGGCCGCCCUAAUCAGGGCCUUGCAAAGACUUUUUGCCACCCACGGGUUGCCCGAUGUCAUCGUUUCGGACAAUGGCCCGCAACUAGCAUCUGCUGCCUUCCAGGUCUUCCUAGCAGGACAUGGGAUACACCACGCCAGGGUGGCACCAUUUUGCCCUGCCAGCAAUGGUUUGGCAGAAAGGGCCGUGAGGUCAGCCAAAGAGACCCUCUCCCGAUUCACCCACGGGGACUGGCAGGAGAAAGUGGCCCUAUACCUGUUGGCACAGCACGUAACUCCAUGCCCUUCUACCAACAGGAGCCCCGCAGAACUUCUAAUGGGCCGACGUCUCCGCACCGACCUCGACCGCUUGCACCCUGCCUACUCUCCAGAGAAGCCCCCUGACUCAACCAGUCGCCACCGUAGCUUCAGUGUUGGCGAUUCUGUGUAUGCCCAAAACUUUGGGGGCGAACCCAAAUGGCUACCAGGAACCAUUGAGCAAAACACCGGCCCGUACUCCUACCAAAUCCGGCUACCCGAUGGCAGGCUCUGGCACCGUCAUCUGAAUCAAAUCAGAGCCCGUUUAACAUCCCAUACAGAUAUCUCAGCCGGCCGGGAUGAGCCCGCAACAGUUCCAACCCCUAACUAUACACCAACUGUCCCUAGCUCAAACGCGGCCCCAGAGCCCAACUUACUGGAAGAACCUGGCCAGCAAUCCGACGACGAGGCCGACUCGGGUGUUCCAGACGAGUCGCCGGGAGUUCCGCUGGUGACACAAGCACCGCCUACUACUCAGGCAGCCACCCCUGAACUGCGUAGAUCUAGUCGAACGCGCAGGCGCCCUGCGUAUCUGGCCGAUUACGCCUGCUCCAUCCAGAGGGGAAGGGGUGUUAAGUCCUCGACUUACGACGGGCGUCCCUGA